AUGGCAUUGAGCGCGGACGACACAACCCUGUCAGCCCCUGGCAGUUCGAAGGAGAUGCAGACCCACGACGAUGCAAUGGCAACUAAAAGAGGCGACCGUGACAGCAUCGGUGGAAACUCGAGAAACUCAAGAAGCAGAACUAGAGCAACCGCCGCCAUGAGCAACUCGAACCCGGUAGCGCCCAAGAAGAAGAAGGGCGGCUUCCUCGCUAUCUUCGGCUGCUGCGGCGUCCCUGAUGAUGCGAACGGCCUCGACACCCCGGUACCAAGCCACAAGCUCGACAGGAUCCCCCCUAGACCGGCGACCGCGAGCAGGCGAACAGCAACCCCGUCCGAGCAGCCCUCCGCGAGCAAGACCCAGCUGUCUGAAAAGGAACCAGUUCAGCAAUCGCAGCCGACCCAGGAACAGCCGAAGAACGGGAAGCGGGUAUCAGGAACCAGUACCCAGGAUCAGUCGACAGUUGGCGAAAAGGAUGGAGAGUCAAAGCAGACAACGAUCGUUGGCCCCGGCUCAAGUAGCCCACUGGCAUCUGUAGAGCCGCCACAGCAGACCAACAAGGAAGUGGAGGUGGUCGAGGAGGUGGUCAAUGAGAAGGACGAGGAAGGGGAUGUGCAGAUGCCCGAUGCCGCCGAGGAAUCACAACAAGCUUCACAUGCGGCCGAUGCCACGACUGAGGAAUCGUACACAAACCUUCCCCCGCCACCUCCGGGCCCGGUUCCCGCAGCUACAACUACGCCAACAAGCGGCGCGUUAAUUGAGAGUCCUCCUGUCUUUCCUCCCGACCAACCUCAGAAGUUCCUACUCCCUCCUCAAGCACCUGAGUUCAAGGGUAAGAAGUGCCUUGUUCUAGAUUUGGAUGAAACCCUCGUACACAGCUCCUUCAAGAUCCUUCACCAGGCCGAUUUCACGAUACCUGUUGAAAUCGAAGGCAACUACCAUAAUGUCUAUGUCAUCAAGCGGCCAGGUGUAGAUCAGUUUAUGAAGAGAGUUGGCGAGCUUUACGAAGUUGUUGUCUUCACUGCAUCGGUUUCCAAGUACGGUGAUCCGCUGCUGGACCAGUUGGACAUCCACAAUGUUGUCCACCAUCGUCUCUUCCGCGAAAGUUGCUACAACCAUCAAGGAAACUACGUCAAAGACCUGUCACAGGUUGGCCGUGACCUUAAAGACACCAUUAUCAUCGACAACUCACCAACCUCGUACAUUUUCCACCCUCAGCACGCCGUACCAAUCAGCAGUUGGUUCUCAGAUGCGCAUGACAACGAGCUAUUGGAUCUCAUUCCCGUUCUAGAAGACCUUGCUGGUGCCAACGUGCAAGACGUCAGCCUGGUUCUGGACGUCACUCUUUGA